AUGGGUGGCCAAGGGGGUGAGGGUAAAGAUGACAAGGACAAGAAGAACUUCUCUGCUGGGACGUUUGCUCAUCAGGCUUUACAGAAGGAGAAGCCAAAGUACGAACCACCACCACAGCCAACUACCCGUAUCGGACGAAAGAAGCGUAAGCAGCAGGGGCCAAAUGCCUCUGCUAAACUACCGCCUAUCUACCCUACAUCGAGAUGCAAGUUAAAAUACCUCCGUAUGCAGCGCGUGCAUGAUCAUCUUUUGCUCGAAGAGGAAUACGUGGAGAACCAAGAACGUAUCCGCAAAUCCAAGGCUCAGGCGACCUCAGCGCCGGCCGCAACUGAUGACAACACCAAUGCUUUGGACAGGAAUGCGGACGAGAGGGGCAGGGUGGAUGAUAUGAGAGGCAGUCCUAUGGGAGUAGGGAACCUGGAGGAGAUGAUCGAUGACGACCACGCAAUCGUUUCCAGCGCUACAGGGCCCGAGUAUUACGUAUCUAUCAUGUCUUUUGUUGAUAAGGACCUGCUAGAGCCCGGUGCUAGCAUUCUACUUCAUCACAAGUCGGUCUCCGUUGUGGGUGUCCUGACCGAUGACGCCGACCCGCUGGUAUCGGUUAUGAAGCUCGAGAAGGCCCCUACAGAGUCCUAUGCAGACAUAGGUGGCCUAGAAUCACAGAUCCAGGAAGUGAGAGAAGCCGUCGAACUUCCCUUGCUACACCCCGAGCUGUACGAAGAGAUGGGUAUCAAGCCACCGAAGGGUGUCAUCCUGUACGGCGGACCAGGCACCGGAAAGACUCUUCUCGCCAAAGCUGUCGCCAACCAAACAAGCGCUACCUUCUUGCGUAUUGUCGGCAGUGAGCUUAUUCAGAAAUAUCUUGGUGACGGACCCCGUCUCGUCCGCCAGAUCUUCCAAGUUGCCGCCGAGCAUGCUCCGUCUAUUGUCUUUAUUGACGAGAUCGACGCUAUUGGUACAAAACGUUAUGACUCUACUUCUGGCGGUGAGAGGGAGAUUCAGCGUACCAUGCUGGAACUCCUCAAUCAGCUCGAUGGUUUCGACGAUAGAGGCGAUGUUAAGGUGAUCAUGGCUACGAAUAAGAUCGAAUCUCUGGACCCCGCUCUCAUCCGCCCUGGCCGUAUUGACAGAAAGAUUCUCUUUGAGAACCCUGACCAAAAUACCAAGAAGAAGAUCUUUACCCUCCAUACCUCCAAAAUGUCUCUAAGUGAAGAUGUGGAACUCGACGAAUUCAUCACCCAGAAGGAUGAUCUCUCGGGUGCUGAUAUCAAAGCCAUAUGUUCCGAGGCCGGUCUUAUGGCCCUUCGUGAGCGCCGUAUGCGCGUGCAAAUGGCUGAUUUCAGAGCGGCUAGGGAGCGUGUCAUGAAGACCAAACAAGAGAACGAGCCAGAGGGACUGUACUUGUAG